AUGGAGCUCGACGAUAUGGAGGAUUCGAACGAGGCGUCUUUGGAGGACUUCCCCAGGGGCACCAAACGAAAGGCGGCCGAAGGCGACUCUGAAGAAGAUGAUGAGGAAUCCAAUCCUGAGGAUUCGGAAGAGGGAGAGGGAGAAGGCGAGGGCGAGGGAGAAGGCGACGAAGAGGAUGGAGAGGAUGAAGAGUCAGCCGCCAAGAGACGCAAGCUGGCCGAGGCCGAAAGAGCGGAGGAGGAGAAGAAGCACAGAGAAGAGACGACCAAAAUGAUCGGUGAGAUGAUGAAACACUUCACCCCCGAGCAACAGAACCGCUACGAGGCCUAUCGACGCUCUGCAUUCGGAAAGAACGGAAUCAAGAAGCUGAUGCAGAGCGUGUCUGGAAGCAACGUUAGCCAGAAGACGGCUAUCGUGAUGGCCGGCGUCUCUAAGAUCUUUGUGGGCGAGAUCGUCGAAACGGCGCGCACGGUGAUGGAGGAGUGGGACGAGUCUGGACCCAUCCGUCCGCGGCACCUGAGGGAGGCCUACCGCCGCAUGCAGCUCAAGGGCAAGAUCCCCUCCGCCGCCACCUAUACCCAGAAGAAGAUCUUCCGCAAGUGA